AUGUCCUGGCAGCAAAAUCCUUACCCGCCCCCGCAAGGCUACGGUGCGCCUCCUCCCAUGCCCCAAGGUGGUUAUGGCGGCUACUCAGCCCCGGUUGGACCACCCCCACCUCACACUGGCGGUUACGGAGCUCCUCCUCAAGCUCCAUACGGCGGCGGUUACGCUCCUCCUCCUCCUGGUCCACCGCAGCACCACCAUCAUAAUCAUCAUCAUCAACAGCAACAUCACCCAUCUCCUCCUCAACACGGAUACGGGGCUCCCGUCGGACCACCUCCCACAGGAGGUGCUGGCGCUUACUACCUCGGUGUUCCCGUACCACCGCCUCCUCCCAACCAGCCCGCUCCACCUCCGCCUGGCUACAAUGCAGCGCAAGAUGUAGAACGUAUCCGCAAGGCAACCAAAGGGUUCGGUACCGACGAGGGCGCCCUCAUUGCCACAUUAGCACCUCUCGACGCUUGGCAGGUCGAUGCGCUUCGCCACACGUUCAAGGCGUCCGUGGGCAAAGAUUUACUCACAGUUCUCGAGAAGGAGACUUCGGGCUGGUUCGAAGCUGCUCUCCGCGCCAAGGUGCUCGGCCCCGUCCUGUACGAUUGCUGGCUCAUCAAACGCGCUUGUCAAGGCGCAGGUACGCAUGAGGACCUUCUCAACGAAGUCCUCCUCGGCAGAACCAAUUCGGAAAUGCACAUUCUCAAACAAGCCUACCAAGCUACUUAUGGCAAGAACAUGGAAAAGGUCGUCGAAGAGGAAUUGUCAUUCAAGACCAAGCGCAUGUUCGUCAUGGCCAUGCAAGGCGUUCGUCAGGAAGACAACAUUCCCGUCGACCCGCGCGCCGUAGAAGCCGACGUUGCUGCUCUGCAUGGUGCCGCCCGAGGUGCGGGUACUGACGAGAUCGCCAUUUGCGGCAUUCUGAUCCAGCGCAGCAGUCCACAUUUGGCCGCUGUGGCUCAGGCCUACCAGCAACGUCACCGAAGACCACUUUCCAAGAUGAUCGAUGCCGAAUUCUCAGGACAUAUGCAGGACGCACUUCGCUUCAUCGUCGAUGGCGCAGAGCACGACGGUCAGGGUAUCACACGCGACGCUCGGUUGCUCGAGGACAGCAUGAAGGGUAUGGGCACCAAGGACGAGCGUCUCAUCUACCGUGUCGCGCGCCUGCACUGGAACAAGCCUCGCUUCGAGGGUCAGAUCAAACCCGCUUAUGCACAGCUCUUCCACAAGAAGGGUCUUAAGAACCGCGUCGAGGGCGAGACCAGCGGUGAUUAUAAGCGCAUGCUUUCGGCCAUGAUCGGAUCGUGA